AUGUCCUUCAUCAUCAGAAGACAAUUGUCUACUUUAAUCCCACCAAAGGUUGCUUCUGCUAAGAACAUCGGUUCCAACCCUAACGCCAAGAGAAUGGCCGAGGUUGUCUCUUUCUACAAGAAGUUGCCAACCGGUGCUGCUCCAGCCCCAAAGAAGCCAACCAACCCACUUGCCAAGUACAAGGCCGCAUACUUUGAUGGUGACAACGCCUCUGGUAAGCCAUUGGUCCACUUUGCCAUUGCCAUCAUUCUUUUGGGUUACACUUGGGAAUACCAAACCCACUUGAAGCACCACCACUAA